AUAUGUUGUCAUUUCUACACGUAGAACACUUGUGGUGCCAGAUAGGCCUAUUUGCCUCGUGAUCGAACGCCACCGCCUGCCGGUGAUCCUAGACCGACAGCUCAAAGGCCCGCUUCGGCCCAGAUAACAAAGCCAGGCUACAUCGUGGUGCCGUACCGCUACCAGCACCCUACGGUGAAGAGGUCGCUGCCAAGCGAACCCCUCGUUCUCCAACCUCUCCGCACGGCUCCUCCCUGAAUUGCCGCGCUGCAAAUCCCACGAAGUUGUGUUAUAAAAGGGAUCCUACCGGCUCCCCUGCCAUGAGCGUGGGCGAUAUUCUGCUACCCCCAACUUUUUCCCCCGUCCCUCGCGCAUUCGACGAAUAUUACGGUUCCCGACCUCCCCAAUGACCACCGCGACAGCCAUGGAUCGCGACCACGAAAAGGACGAGCUGUCCGUCGGACACGUCGAAAGCGGGAAGGGCAAGCUCUCGGACGCGGCCGACGACGAGUUCGACGAGAAGGAGGCCAAGCGGAUCAUAUGGCGCAUCGACCGCCGGCUCGUCACCCUGGUCGGCGUCCUCUACUGCGUCAGCUUGAUGGACCGCACCAACCUGAGCACCGCCGCCGUCGCCGGCAUGCUCGACGACCUGCAGCUCGUCGGCACUCGCUACUCCGUCGUGACGCUCGUCUUCUUCAUCACGUACAUCAUCUUCCAGCCGCCGUCGACGGUGGUGAUCCGCAAGGUCGGCCCGCGCAUCUUCCUGUCGACCAUCACGCUCUCCUGGGGCGCCGUCAUGAUCGGCUUCGGCUUCAGCCCCUCCUUCGAGGUCCUCGCCGCCCUGCGCCUCAUCCUCGGCAUCUUCGAGGCCGGCUACUUCCCCGGCUGCGUCUACCUGUUGUCCACGUGGUAUACGCGAUACGAGGUCGGUCGGAGAUAUUCGGUCUUUUACCUGCUGGGCUGCGUCGCCUCUGCGUGCUCUGGCAUCCUCGCCUUCGGCCUGAUGCAGAUGGGCGGUCUCGGGGGCUUGGCCGGCUGGCGAUGGAUUUUCAUCAUUGAAGGCAUUUUAACUUGUGCUAUCGCCUUGCUCGGAUAUUGGCUCUUGGUCGACUUUCCCGACUCGAAGCGGCAGUCCUGGCAAUUCCUAAAUGCCAGAGAGCGAGCUUGGAUCAUCAGACGCGUCGACGCGGACCGUGGCGAUGUCGUAGUCCCCAAGUUUGAGCUGAAGAAGUACUUGGCAUCUGGUAAAGAUCUGAGAGUCUGGUCUUACAGCCUGAUCUCGUUUUGUACGAACACGCUCACUUACUCCAUGGCGUACUUCCUGCCGCUCAUCCUCUACGAGAACCUCGGCUUCUCCAGGGGUGCAUCGCAAUGCCUGGUAGCACCUCCGUAUGUGUUUGCGGGCUUCUACAUGUACUUCACCGGCUGGAUCGGAGACCGGUUUCACUUGCGCGGCCCAGUAAUCAUCGGCAACAUGGUCCUCGCCCUCAUCGGCCUGCCAAUCCUCGGAUGGCAUCCCAACAACGGGGUCCGCUAUAUGGGUACUUUCUUUGUCACCGCCGGAGCGUCCGCAAAUGUCCCGGCCUCGCUCGCGUUCCAGGCGAACAAUAUCCGCGGUCAGUGGAAGCGCGCCUUUGCCAGCGCCUCAUGGGUCAUACUUGCCAGCAUUGGAGGUAUUGCUGGUAGUCUAGUUUUCAGGUCUCAAGAUGCCCCCACCGGCUACAAGCCGGGGUUGUAUGCCUGCAUGACCUGCUGCGCUCUGUGCAUUACCAUCGUAUGUUUAUUGGAUCUAUCCUUCUAUCUCGACAACAAGAAGGCAGACCGAGGCGAGAAGCAGCUGGAAACGUCUCAUGAGGAGCAUCAAGAAGAUUUCCGAUAUACGUAUUAAACGGAGGCGACCUUUAAGAAACACACAUUCGGUGUUCUUUAAAACCGAGCCCGGCGCGAAUGGAUUUCGUAGCGUCUCAGCAAUAGUCACCAGCGUUGCAGUAAACUAGGGCUGCAGUAAUAUUAGAGAGCUAUUACAUAUAGUCAAGCCAUCUGAGAUCAUGUGGUCGCGUUUAGAGGUAGACAAACCCUUUGUUAGAAGGAACCGCCGAGGGGACAACACCCUGUAGUAUAAAGUCCUAGAUGCCUAGACUAUGACUCAGUGAGCUAGCUUAAUGAGAUAUGACAGCCAAGGGUCCCUGGAAUGGGAGAUGAGUUGUAACACUUUAUUGGGCCUUUGAAUCCGCGCAUUUUCAGCCCCUGAACGGCGUGAGGAAAC